GAAUUUUUGAAUUGUUGCUAUUUUUUAGAAUCUUUUUAAAUAAUCUCACGAACCCCUUGGCAUACCUUCAAGUACCCACAGGGGUACGUACCCCCAUUUGAGAACCACUGCUCUGAGACAUAAAGCUCAUCUCUAACAGUAGCUCAUUUAGUAAGGAGGCACGUGAUUGGUCAAAAAACGUGUGUUGUUGCCAAAAGGAGGAAUUAUCUAUGAGAAACACGACCACUUCGGCAUUCUUAAUGCCCCGCCUCUUAAAUCAUGUCAACCAAUCCCAGCGGCUCAUAUUCAAACGGCAUUAGUUUGGCCAGAUAGACCUAGAAACCAACAAAUCACGUGUCAAAUGGGCGUGUCCAAUGCCAUAGUUCGGUUGCGCUUCACGGGGCUGAUCAACUUUUACUACCCGAGACGAAGCCUUGUUUUAAGUGGCUAGUUAGCUCGGCCCAAAUAACAACAUUUGAAAAGUGUUUUUCAACACAGCUGACUUUUUCGUUCCAUAUUUGUAUUCCAAACUCGGGGGUGGUCCGCAUUUGCUGGCGUUGCAGUACAUUCCUGAAGUGACGCAGGGAGUACGUAAUCUGCGGAGAGGGCGGAAAGAUAGCUACUAGCUAGCUGGCUAGCCUGCUAGGCUAACUGCCCGGGCUAGCAGCUUGGAUCUCGCUCUUCCCCUGACUCCACUUUUCGUUGACCAGACAAGACUCCCAGCAUGCUGAUGGUGGGAGGCGAUGGACUGCUGCACUAGAAUGAGUGUGAAGGAGCUGUGUGACACAGAUGACCUGGCCACCAGUCUGGUGCUGGACCCUCUUUUGGGCUUCAGCACCCACAAAAUGAACGUCAGCCCACCUCCGGAAGUGCGGCGCUGGGGUAACCUGAAAGAGACACUGCUGCGGUUCCAACGCACGCAUGACUUCCAGGCCACGUUUGAGGCGCUGACGGUGGGUGAGCUGGCCGGCGACUACUUCAACGCUUUGGGAGGCCAUCGUCAGGAACUGCUGAGACAACAUGUGUAUCGCUACUUGGGUGCCUUUCUGCUGGACAGUGGCGUCAAGAUCGAGUCAUGUGACAGAUAUUCCUCAGAGACCAACGGAGCCAAGAUCACGUCCACCAGACACUGGUUUGUUGGCGAGCGGGUAGAGGUCCUCCUGGGCUGCAUAGCUGAGCUGAGCCCGGCCGACAGCGCCGUGCUAAGGGCGGGGGUCAACGACUUCAGCGUGAUGUACUCCACGCGCAAACGUUGUGCUCAGCUGUGGCUUGGCCCCGCCGCCUUCAUCAACCACGACUGCAAGCCAAACUGCAAGUUUGUCCCUGGUGAGAAAAACGGAGCUUGUGUGGAGGUGAUUCGACCCAUCUCACCCGGGGAGGAGAUCACGUGUUACUACGGUGCCAGCUUUUUCGGGGAGGGCAAUGAAAUGUGUGAAUGCUGCACCUGCGAGAGGAAAGGGGAGGGUCACUUCAAACACAAAGGGAAGAAGCCCGAAUGUGAGGAAACAAAGGACCCCCUGGGCCAGAAGUACCGCCUCCGAGAGCGAUACCUCCGCCAUCACCGAGAGAAGGGCCACCUAACCAGGCCUAUUAUUGCAUCAUUACACUCAGCUAUCCCCUCGAGGAAUUCCUUUACCCAUCAAAUGAGAAAAAAUGCCCUCAAGAACAGAAAACUGACACAAACUAAGAAGUGGAUGCGACAGCAGCACAUACGCUCCUCUAAUCUCUGCAGUACCAGGAACCAGCGGCGGACAUUUCCUCUUCUGUCGCAGUGUGUCAUAAGGGACCUGAGGAUCAGAGUUCGGCGCCACACGCUGGACUUUUUGCUCAUCUGUAAGAAUCCAAAAAGCAGAGAGAGAGCCCUUUUGCACCAACUGGAGGUAGUGCAGCCAAAACCAAGCCCAACCAGCAGCAGUCUAAAGUGUUUGGCUCUCGGUCCCUCCAAGCCACUUCAGAAGAAGAAGGGAAAGGCUGUCCCCUUAAGGAGCUCUUCCCGAGCUAAAAGCACGGAUCAGGUCACACUCGGACAUCAAACCGCGCCCAGUAACUCAGCUUGCCAACCUGUUGACUCAAACCAAAACUCCAGUACUGUAAAGCAGGACACGGUGGAACAAGCAGACCCUGAAAUGAAGACUAACAGUAAGCCUGGCAUCGCCACUACCAGUCACAUCAUCACCGACAGUUUUAAGACACCUGCAGGCAAUCCAUUAGUAUCACUCAAGCAAUACCUUUCCGUCCGCCUAACAAGGGUAUCAGUGCCUCGCAGAAAAGAGGCUACAAAGCGCUUUGAAGACAAGGACCUCAGAGAAGAGCUGAGAGGAAGGAUGAGGCAGUACCAGGGCCUCAGACCGCUCCCAGCAUCCAAAGCUCAGCCGAAGCAAGAACCGCCGCCAAGCGCCUGCACCGCCGAAGGCAACCGAGGAGUGCGGGAGAUGUUUUUCAAAGCGGUUGAUAAAGUCAACGUACGCAAGCGACACAGUGGCGAGAUGGCAGAUGAUUCAUCCCCGUGCAAGGGAAGCGAGAAAAACAAGGUCAUCAAAAUCCAGACGGUGUCUGAAGAAAAAACAUGCAAACGGCAGCAAGUGGACAGAAGUGCAGAACACAAUGAAAAGAGAAAGACCGUCUCUGCUGCUGAAAAAGUGGACAGUGCAGAACACAAUGAAAAGAGAAAGACCGUCGCUGCUGCUGAAAAAGAGGACAGAAGUGCAGAACACAAUGAAAAGAGAAAGACUGUCGCUGCUGCUGAAAAAGACAGAAGUGCAGAACACAAUGAAAAGAGAAAGACUGUCGCUGCUGCUGAAAAAGAGGACAGAAGUGCAGAACACAAUGAAAAGAGAAAGACUGUCGCUGCUGCUGAAAAAGUGGACAGAAGUGCAGAACACAAUGAAAAGAGAAAGACCGUCGCUGCUGCUGAAAAAGUGGACAGAAGUGCAGAACACAAUGAAAAGAGAAAGACCGUCACUGCUGCUGAAAAAGAGGACAGAAGUGCAGAACACAAUGAAAAGAGAAAGACCGUCACUGCUGCUGAAAAAGUGGACAGAAGUGCAGAAAAGAGAAAGACCGUCGCUGCUGAUGAAAAAGAGGACAGAAGUGCAGAACACGAGGAGAGAAAGACCAUCUCUGCUGCUGAAAAAGAAGACAGAAGCGCAGAACACAACAAUAAGAGAAAGAUUAUCUCCACUACUGAAAAAGAGGAAAUAAGAGCAGAACAAAACGAGAGGAGAAAGACCAUCUCUGCUGCUGAAAAAGAGGAAAGAAAUGCAGAACACAACGAAAAGAGACAGGCGGUCUCUUCUGCUGAAAAAGACAGGAAAUCUGCGUGUAAAAAAGUGUCCAAUGGAAAAACUACCAGGCAAAAUAACUUGAGAGAUGAUAAAGUUGAGGAAGCACACGACGCACCUGUUUCACAGCAGACUGUUUGUACGCUAAACCAGCAAGCAGGAAACAAACCUGUUAACCAUAUCAUCAUAAAGACGGCAAAGGUUCUAUUGUCUGAUAUUUUAAAAAAAGGAAAACCCAAGCAAUUACAGGGGGAUAGUUCGGCCUCGCCCCCCAGAAAAAUACUAAACCAUGCAGGCAGACGCAGCAUUAGGAGGCGGCGGCGGCGGAAGAGCAGAUGGUUGAAAAGAAAAGUUGAACAAAAGCUGGGGGCAGACUCCAGCAGUGCAGACACUGGGUUAGUCGACUCUAGCCAAGAUGGCGCACAAAGUCUGUCGGCAAACCAGCACAGAAUCCUCUGCACCUCCCGCCUGGACCCACUACCUCCUGAGUCGCACAUUUCAGCAAACAGCCUUCAGCCUCACGCCAAUCCUCAGGCGCACAUGCAGUCCAACAUACCUCUGAAGAAACGGACAUUCCGCAGCUCCGUAGAGCCAGAACAAAGUGUGACUUUAGCUCCAGAUGGAGCCCAAAAAGUAGACUCUGCAUUAGACGCAAACAAAAGGCAAGACCCGAGCCGGGUUAUAGAACAUAAGAGCAGUACUAAACGAGGCAGAAAAAUGAAACUGAGAGCAAAAAUGCAGAGGUUUAAGUGUCGAAGGGUCACAAGACAAAAUUACAACAGUAGAGUGCUUCGGCCGAGAAGUCCUGAAGCCCAGCAAACGAAAGUUCACAAGUUAAAAUCAGAGAAGCGAUGUGAGAAGGACAACGCUCCCCAUCAAGAGUCUGUUAACCUUGACGGAAACAACCAAACCGAGGAAGCUAAUAAUCCCGAAAAGAGCUCCCCAGCAGAAGCCAAGAUGGAACCCCUCAAACAAAGCGAUCUGGAGGAAAAAAAGCCGGAACUUAAUUUUAGGAUUCGUUUCAAGCGGAGGAAAGGGAAAGUCUGGGAAAUGCAGAAUGACGGAUUAGGAAACAUGACCUUGAAAAGUGAAAAGAGGGAAGAUUUGGACAACGAUCCACUCAAAGCCAUCAUGGAUUCCGUGUCAGUGUUAAGUAUGGAGAUGCAGGCGGCUCAAGCUCAUGUGCAGGCCAGCAAAAAGUCCAAGAACCGACUGCUGCGCCUAAAGAAAAGGGGUGAGAGAAGAAGCGAGAGGAAGAAUGUCUCUACUGUGGCAAAAUCAGAGCAGGGCUCUGAGGACAAACUCCAAGACGGUAAGGAGACACCUGAUGAAGAGAUUCUCUCAGCAGCCAAUGAGCUGCCAGAAAAAACCCAGAUUGAGACAUCAUCAGCUGUUGUGCAGGAAACUAAAUUUGAAGAUCGAUUCACAAAAAAUUGUUGCUUGUUUGAAAGUGGGACACAACAGAAACUAGAGUCCAAUAUAGAUGUGAAUGGUGUUUCUUUGCCUGUUCUUAAGCUUCGGAGAAAGAUCGAGGGCAUCUGGGAGGUGGAAGACACAGACGAGGAGACAAGCUUGCCUGAAGUUAAAAUAGAGGCCAAAGUUAAGAGGGAGUUCAGAGGUCAUCUUUUGGCCAAGCAAAACAAAGGAUUGCUUGAUUUAAGCAAGUCGAGAGAAGAGCUCCUGUCUGCUCAAAAGAAUUUAAACAGUAACCCAUCGCCCCAAAAACCAGAAGCACCACAGUUGUCUUUGUCUCUGUCCCCGCUGUCCUUGUCUUCCCCGCUGAAUGUUAACCCCGACAUCGCAUCGCCGGAUGUCAUUCCUGAAAGAACAGACGUGAACAGCGGUGGAAAGAAGCAGCGACACAAAAUGAAGUGUGGAACCGUAGAGACGUCAACAAGUUGCCUCAGUCAAUCCCUCCAGCAGAUUGACAACAGCCUCUCCAAGCUGUCCGAGGGUUUGUGUUCUUCUCAGAUUUUGGAGAAAACUGCUGCCUUUUCCAGCAUUCCCAAUCCCCUCAUCGAGCCCCCUUCCCAGUCUCCUCCAUUCCAGACGGCAGACAACAUGCUUUCAGGCGAGCCCUCUUUCCCAAACUGCUGUGAUGACCUUCUGGACUUCCAGUGUCUCAACUUUGAGGGCUAUUAUCAGCCACAGAACAUUCUGCCGUCAUCUCCAUCCGACCUGUGUUCACUUGAUCCACCCACAGACCCCUUCAGCAGCCCCCUUUCACAUAGCCCCGCCGACACAUGGACCACUGAGACGCCCUACCUUGGCCCCCCGAGUCCAGGAAAUAACUUCACCGGCGAAGAUCUGCAGUUCUUCCCCAGUCUAUUGUCAUCCAAAAAUGAUCCAGUUUCUUUGGACUGUGAAGCAAAGGACUUCUCUAAAGACCGAAACACGCCCCAAACUAGCUUCAGUUUUUCCUCCCUAAACCCGGAGCUUGCAGCAAAAGACCGAACUCUAAAUAAAAACCCAGGAAUCCGCGUGUCCAAAGAAGACUCAAAAAGUAAUUCCUCCUCAGCUGGAGGCAAGCCACGCCUGUCAAGCACAUCUGCCACUCCGUCUCAAAAUCCUCUUCCUCUUUCAGUUCAACACAGUCUCAACAUAAAGCCUAGCAGCAGCCAAUCAAGAACAACCUCUAGCCUCAAAACACAGGGACCCUUCCAUCGCAUGAGCAUUCCUAACAAGUCCCAGACUUUCCCGAGUUGCCAGACUAAUGCAGUCCGAGGUGUUUCUCAGAGUAGCCUGACCAGAUCCAUCCCAGUCCCAAUGGCAAACAAAUUCCUAAAUCCGCAACGCUUAGCUGUAAAGAACCCUAACCCCCCUGACAAUCCGUUCACCUUCCACGAGAAACCCUCCACAGUCAUUCAAAGGGUCGUCAAGUUUCAGGGAGGGAACCAGAGCCAGAACUUGUAUAGCGCGCCUCCCAAAGACCAUGUGGCUGCUGGCGGCCAUCCUGAUUUGUCUAAAACAUUCAGUGCAAAGUCGGGAGAGAGUGAGAGGACUGACCAGAGUCAACAUAAAGGCUCCUUCGAUUACUCUAGCAACCCCAGCAGGCCUGGUGCUCAUUUAAACAAACAUCAGCCGCUCAAUAGGAAUAGAAUGUCCUCUGACAAACACGAAGAUACAAAUGUGGCAUACAAGAACUUUUCCACAUUGCCACGACCUUUCGUCUUCCCCAGUAAAGACGGGUAUUCCUCCCCGCAGGACAAGAGUUCCAGACACGAUAGAGCCACUCCCCUGGUUUCGGACAAGAACCAGCCGUGUUACACUCAGCAGGACCCUUUUGACUUUACUUUUGGGUCGUCGUUGUCUCCAAUGCCUCAUCACAGCAGCUCUCAAAUGGUCCACGAUACACCUCCGGGUACGCCAGCGCCAGCAAACAAGAGUCACACAUCAGCUUCCUUCCCUCACAACUCCCAAGGCCCCCCUUACGUCCUCAACUUCAGUGGAGACCAUUCAUUGACGCUGGGUCUCAGGGACGGGUCUGAAGGCUACCCAGGACUCGGCCCAACAAACUACACCUACCACUGCCUGAUGGAACCUUCCGGCACACAAGGGCGGCUGGUCCUGGAGCCGUGCGGGUCUCAGCCAUCCAACCCGUCUUCCUUUUCCCUGGGUGGGUUUUCAGGACACAAAAGUGGGCCGGAUGAACAUUUUAAGAGGGACGGGCACCAUCCGAACCAGCCGGGUGAUCACCAGGACAUGCCACACUAUGGACCAACAUCUCAUUCUAUGGGUUCCACCAAACCUAAGAGAGUGAGGUUAGUCGUGACAGACGGCACUGUGGAUUUGGAUCUCCAAUAUUCUGACUGAUUCACAUCUGCUGGAGUCACUGGAGAUGAUUUUGUAAAGUUUUUUCUAAAUUAUAUUUUGAUGGAUUUGUGUAUAGAUUUGUCGAUGUUGAAGAUUGGCAGACGAAGAGAACGUGUGGACGAUAUCUGCAACCACACUUUGGACGUUACGUGUUGACAACACGUUAGCCUCGCCGCGGUGAUCCGAGAGCUGCUGGCUUUUUUUGUUUUUUUAAAAAGGCAGCUUUGUGCCUCCGUAUUUCCUAAUCCGACUUUUUCCAAACGGUCUACCGUUGAUUUUAUAGCCACAAUAAUCUUUUUUCUCACUUUGUUUGUACGUGUGAGUGUGUGGUAGUAGCGAGCUAACGUGUACGGGUGAGUGGGCUUGCGUCGACAAGCACUCACAGCGGACCCCUUGGACCGAGAAGCUUAAAGCUGCUGUAUGUCCCCGACUCAACGGUUAGCAUGGGUUACCAAUAGAAUAUACUUUACAAAUACACACCUACAUUAAUGUGGGCCAAAUAAAAUGACUGUCAAUCGGCUUUCUUGCGCAAGCGCAGAAGAGGUCUUCGAGAAUGAACCGAUUUAAAAAGUAUGCAGAAAUUGUCCGGAACGCACCGCCAAUCAGUAUCGUGAUAGAGUACGUAGUGGGCCAGGUCACAAAAGGCGAUCCCCUUCUGGCUGAUACUCUUUUUGUUCUUGGUCCCUUGGCUAGCAGCUAACUGUAUACGUCCAUACACAUUGAGGAGCCCCCUAAGUUAUUAAACAUCCAAAUACAUUUCUUAAGUAGUAUUAUCACUGGAGGACGAGGUUGAACAUGUUAAAACACUGACUAAAACAAGCAGAUAAGAAGGUACACGUAUAUGGCCCAAAUAAUCUGGAUAAUUUUCAUCGAUAUUGAAAUCAGGGUUUUUAAUCCCGAUUAUUCAUUUGUUUGGUUAAACAUAGUAUUUCCCACGGGUCAGCAAUCUAUAUGUGGUGGGGUUGUGAAAUCAUGUAAUUAUGUAAUGAAAGUCGUAUAUAAAGGCUAAAGAAAUAUUUAAUUGUUGAUUUAAGUGCGAACAUUACUGAUUUUUAUAUAGUAUUUCUACGGGGUCAUACGCUUCAUUAUUUGGACAUUCAUUUGACCUAAUCAUACAUUUGAUCAUUUGUAAUGUGAAAUGUGGAUAUUAAAGUAAAGGUUCUUGACAUUCUUAGGGCCCAUUUUUUUCCAUUAGAGUGAUCUUUGGCCUACUCAAAUAUUACCAUUGAAUAAGUAAUCUUACUCUUGAUUUUAUUUAUUCUGGAAUCAUUUCUAACCUACUUACAGUUUAACAUGUCAAAUGAAAUGCAACUUUAUUUACAAAGAUUAUUAUCUAGGUUAAGUCAGGCUGAUUACAAAAAUAAAUCCUAAUCAAAUGUACUGUAAAAGAAGGGAUUAAGAAAAACUGAUGAAAAAUAAAUGUACAUCGUACAUAAGACGCAGUCCUAAAUACAUUCUAACUUAGACUUAGGCUUCCUUUUUAUUGUCAUUCAAAUUUGAACUUUACAGUACAGGCAAGAACAACAUUUUGUUGCAUUAGCUCAUGGUAGUGCAGGAUAAAAAAAGAAUAAGGUGCAGAUAUAAAUAAAUAGAUUACUGUACAGAUAAAUAUAUUGCACUUUGGCAUAUGCAUCAACAUUUAUGGAUGUAUGUUAUAUUGUCUUUAUAUUCCAGCGAGUUAAUUCAUUUUUGGGGGGAAUUGAAGGGCUUAUUAUGAUGCGUUCAAGAAUUUUUCGGCCUGAGGGAAGAAGCUGUUACAGAACCUGGAGGCUGCUUCGGAGGCUGCGGAACCUCUUUCUAAAGUCAAGCAGUGAAAACUAAUGAUUAAUAAUAAUAUAUUUGUUAAAUAAAAGUGCAAAUGAAAAAACAGCUUCACCACUUAAGUCAUCAUUUUUAAUUAUGGGUGAAUUUAAUAUCAACUUUAUAGUUUUAUGUUUUAGAUGUACUGAUUGUACUUGCAUGACAGAGUUUCUGGACUUCAAUUCUUGCAUUCCUUGGAUUCAUGCGCAGAUGCAUGGGGUGCAUGAAUUCCAAUGGGGGUCAGGUCUUGCCAGAACACCGGCGAAAAAUGUUGGAAAGAUAGCUAGCCGUUAGUGGUAGUAGUGUGACUCCAAGAAGAAUCGAUUAAUUGUGCAUCCCCACAAGAAGGCAUGCUAAUCGCUAAGCUAGCCACUAAAUUAGCUAUAAACAGAAGAAAUACAUGCUCGGUAAAGUUUAAAACGUGUAAACGGAAGCACGUUACAGCAGAAAGUCAGCAGUUAUUAGCAGGAAAUAUACAAGUAGAUUGGGUGGGCGUGGCUUACAUGGUCGGACCAGGAAAAGGGCGGGGCAUAUUGCUGCUCCUUUCAACCAGGGCCCUUCAAGGGAGCCACCUGUCCGUUACAUACAGCAGCUUUAAUGCAAACUUACAUUUUAAAGUAUGAUAAGAAAAUCCUUCCAUUGAUGAGGUAAAAUAAACGCAAGUUACUUUUCUAAACUUCUUUUUGCACUUCAAGGGUUACAUGUACAGUGUUCUGUUGAUUUCUACCACCAACCCCCCGGCCACGGUGUCAUGUGAUAGCUGUUUUUUUUUUUGGGAACAAAUCCCGGCUGGGAUGAUUGUUUUUAUUUCCGAGGUCCGCGCUGUACACGCGAGGCUCGCACACUGUAAAGCAAACGUCCGCGUCCGCAACGCAAGUCCCGACCUGCGGGCGUGGACGCAGGGAGCGUGCAAGGUGUUCGUACCAGAGUUGAAACGGUGACAAUCUUUUCUGCUUUUCUCAUAAAUCACGGCAUCUUUUCUCCCCUUCUUGGGCCCAAACAUCGAGUGUCAUCGGUGUUGAUAUCUCCGCCUUAUACGACAACCAUAACUGUACUUAUUUAUUUCAAUCUCCUCAUCCUUGUGGAAAUGGUGCUUUAACGUAAUUUAUACUUCACAUUGAUUCUUGGAAAGGAUGAGAUGUUUUUAAGCUUAUUUAAUGGGACAAAAAUAUUGAACUGAAUAAAUAUAUAGUAUAUACUCAUAUUUAAUUUCUCAUCCACUUUUUCUGUUGUAAAUCUUUAGCUUUUUUUCCCUACAAACUGACUUGUUAGUCUUAGGUUUGCUGUAGAAAUGUACAAAUGUAGCUUGUAACAUUAAAGACUCUUUUUUUUUCUA